AUGACAAUCAAUACCGCAUGCGCUGCUGGCCUACAUUGCAUUGGCGAAGGCUUCCGUAUGAUUCAGAAUAACGAAGCUGAUCUGGUUGUUACUGGUGCAUGUGAAUCUCCUUUGAAUGCCUGGACAAUCGCUGCUUUUUGUCGACUACGUGCAUUAUGUACACAAUUUAAUGAUACUCCUGAAAAAGCCUCUCGUCCAUUUGAUUCCUUGCGAAAAGGAUUUGUGUUAUCUGAAGGUGCAGCUUCAGUUGUAUUGCAGGCAUGGCCUCCUCCAGACAGUUUCUUAAUGGAGUCAUUUAUGGAAACACCAAAACCGAUAGCUGAAGUUAUUGGUUUUGGAAGGUCUGGAGAUGCACAUCAUUUGGUUGCACCUGAUACAACAGGAAAUGGAGCACUUCGAAGUAUGCUAAAUGCCUUCAAAGACUCAAAACUUGAACAUUUCAAUCAAAUUGGACACAUAAAUUGUCAUGCAACAUCCACCCCUGUAGGUGAUUUAACGGAGCUGAGCGCUAUUGCACAAAUGUUUGGUGAAUAUUUUACUCAAUACCAUACACCUGUUGUAAUCAAUUCAAUUAAAGGUCACCUUGGUCAUUGUUUGGCAGCAGCCGGUGCCAUAGAAACCGUGUACGCUGCUUUAUCUGUUAACCAGAAUCGAAUUUGUGGAAACCUCAACUUGCAUAAUCCUAUUUCAAUCUAUGAGUUGAUGGAGGUUUUAAAAUCUAAUUCCAGUUCUUCAACCAGUAUAUCUUUUAAUGAAAAGUGUAUAGAUCUGUUUAGGAACUAUGCUGUACUUCCUAGACACGAUCAAACACAAGUUACGUGGCCCAGUGGUCAUCGACGUAUUGUUAUGACUAACUCAUUCGGAUUCGGUGGGACAAAUGGAACUCUUUUAAUUUCUGAAUGGACAGAUUAG